CUAUGAAUACACUUGUUAAGAAUGAUUUAAUACUUAAAUGCACUCCAAAACCUAAUAAAACAAAAAACUAAAAAAAUCAAGAUACAAAGACGUUGAUUAACGUAUAAACAGACGCUAAGAUAAUUUUAAAAUUUUUUUUACGUGAAUUUAAUUAAAUAAAUUAAUAAAAGCGCUAAAAAAUGACUUCGUUGGCGAAACCAAAGUCUGAAAUGACUCCAGAAGAGUUAUCAAAACGCGAAGAAGAAGAAUUUAACACAGGACCACUUUCAGUACUUACCCAGUCUGUUAAAAAUAAUACCCAAGUAUUAAUUAACUGUAGAAAUAAUAAAAAACUACUUGGUAGAGUAAAAGCUUUUGACAGACAUUGUAAUAUGGUUUUGGAGAAUGUCAAAGAAAUGUGGACCGAGUUACCUCGCACUGGUAAAGGAAAAAAGAAAGCAAAGCCCGUCAACAAAGACCGUUUUAUAUCAAAAAUGUUUCUACGUGGUGACUCAGUAAUUUUAGUAUUGAGAAAUCCACUUGCAACCGCCUCAGGGAAAUAAAUUCAUCAUUUUUUUAAACUUUGUAUAUUAUUAAUAACAAUUAAUCAAUAAUAAAUAAAACACAACAACUUUUUAAUUUAAA